AUGGAAACAUUGAGUAAUGAUGGAGAUGGUGAUGACACGGUUGGGGUUGUAUUUGACCGCAGUGUGAAUGUACAAUGUACAACUGCGCUUGUAGGAGAUCAAGGAACUUGUAAGAUCCUUAGGUCAGCAAAACACCGUUCACAAGAGGCAUUCAAAUGGGUAGCAGAAGUACCUGGUGAUCUGCACACGAAAGGUUACCUUUGUGAAGCAGCAUACAAGGCUCAUACAAGGCCAAAAGUCAUUGAUGAAGCUUUUCGGGCAGGAAAAUUUCCACGAUGGCCGGUUGCUAUGCAGUUUGCUCCCGGAGUCAAAUUGCCAGC